UAGAAGUCUAUAUUAGCCUGUAUCUAAUAAAUGGAAACUAAGUCACUAAUCAAGCCAAUACAGAGAUUUGAAGAACACAAGAAGAUAAGACGUCUGAGAUUAGAGAAAACCAAACGUAAAGAGAUUUAAUGACAUUAAAAGAGAGGAGAAACUCGAGGAUUACAUUGUACUAUAAAAUUCACUUUCCCAUAUCAAUACAACACCACAUAUCAAAAUCAGAAGAGAGAACAGAAAAAGUAAAAGAUUUUUUAGAAAAUGGCUUGUAACCACUUUAGAAUUCCAUUAGGGGUAACAGUUUCUUCUACUAAGGUGGUUCGCUGUCAGGAGGGAAUACUCCACCGCAUGCAAUACUAUCGGUGCAACGUUGUAAUCGAGAAGCAUUCAUGUAUCCAGCACAAGCUCAGCGAUUGGAUUUAUGCAAUCUGAUCCGGGAAGAGAAAGAAAGACUAGGGAAGCAAGCUAUUAAGGAUCUCCACACUAGGCUAGCCACCGGUGUUCCGGUGACUGCUAAUUAUUUUCUAACAGAGUAUCCUCCCGGAAUGGACUAUGCCUAUGCGCAUGAGAAAUUUGCAAUAUACCAGCAGGAGCGAAAUGGCGGACUAAUAGAAGUGGAUGAUUCACAAGAAGAAGAAUAAGGAGAAGAGACUGGAUUAGAAGAAGCUUCUCAUGAUCUAUCAUUUUAGUUUAUUUUUUCGUUCAAGUUUCCUUAGUAUCUAGUUUGUUUUAAUUUCAAGGUUACUAGUUGUUAAUGUAGUCUGUGUUUCAAAAUCUAAUGAAUAUGGAUAUCCUUUUACUUGUUUCGUAAAAUAACAUGACAGUCAGCAGAAUCAAAUUUUUAACUUUAUCAAAUGGUAUAAGCCUACUUAAUCAAAUCACAAAUACAGACUACCUUGUAAAAUUUAUGCAUAAAUUCAUCUAACAAUGAUGAGGAAGAAAUAAGAACAAAGACACAGGAGCUAAUAGCAGCAAGUAUAGGAGUUAAAAGAUAAGCAGACAAUAAGUGAACCACAAAGUAUAUGAAACAUGAAAGAAGAUUAUGCAAGGAUGAAUGAAUUAGGACAGAGAUGUAUGGUAUGAAUGCAAUAAGGGGAUCCCAUAUUUUCAGGCUUCAGGGUUGAGCAGAAUCAGAAUUAACAAUUGAUGUUAUUUUAUCCCAUUUCUUGAUCCCCAUCUGGCUUUGGACGAAAUCCAGAUGGGGGAAUUACCCAGCGUUCAUGACAGUUGAGGAGGAAUAACAAAGAAGAAAGGAAGAGAAGAUGAAGAAACAUAGUCGUUGGGGGAGGAGAGAGGGCAGAACAAGAAAUAAUAUUCUAUAUUUGUACGUUUCUCUCACCAAAAAAAAAAAAGUUCUUUUGUAUUAUUGUUCUCUCUCUUCUGUAUUAUUAUUCUCUCUCUUGUGAAGAACAAGAAAUUAGCUAAACAAGGAGUAAAGAUGCGUAUAACUGAAAUCGAAGAAGAAAAUUCAAAUGUUAAAAAUAAGGUUAGUGAUUCCUAUACAAAAACUAAAAAAAAAAUAUGAUCAGCUACUCUAAAAAUUUCUUUGAGGUGGAUCAGAUAUGGUUUUGGGGUUUUUUGGAUUUGAUGUUUUUUGUUUUGUUUUGAUCAGAGGGAUUUGAUGUUAAUGAAAUAUAUUGGGUAUAAAAACUAAUGCUUUCUAUUGAUAUAAAAAUAUUUGUGGAAAACAGUCAUGCCUAGGACUUGUUUGCAAAUGACUGCGAGGUUUCUUGCAGUUGUCGGAGGUUCGAGUUUAAGGGGAUUCUCUGUAAACAUGCACUUAAUAUAUUAAUCCUUCAUGGGAUUGACUUGAUACCUGACAAGUACAUAAAAAGAAGAUGGAGGAUAGAUGUGAAGAGGUCCCAUUCAAGUAUGAGAACUAAUGUAGGGGUUUGGAAAAAUACCGUUGAGCGUGAUCGUUACAACAUCUUGAACAUUCUUUUUAGUGAGGUUGCAGAGAGAGCAGUAAACUCGGAACAUGAUUUCAAUGAUAUUAAGUUAUUGUUAGACAUGAAAUUGGAGAUGCUAAAGAAGUCUGAGAUUGAACCAAAGAGUCCUUCCACUAGUGAGUGUAAUGAAAGGGAAGAGAAAUAUUCUCCUGAAGCCUUUGUGGAUGUUGUAAUAGAUGAUUGUAUACUCGAUCCAAAAUAUAUAAAGCGUCCAGGCCGACCACGAAGUAACACAUAUAAAAACACAUGGAAACAUAGCAAGAAGACAACUUGCAAUGAUGUGAAUACAUGUAAUGAAGAUGUACCUGUAGCUAUUGAUGUGUCUGCACCACCAACUAAAAAAAGAGGCAGACCACCAUGCAGCAAAAAUAAAGAAAAAAAAACUACCAACUCGAGAGGAGACGGAAGUGUGCAGGUUGUGUCGCAACAAGAAUCUAGUGGAUUACUAGCACAGCCGGCUCAUAUGUAUCCACCAAAUGGACUACCAAGAGAUCGUAUGUAUCAAGCUAAUGGAGUAGCACAACAAGUGCAUUGAGCAUAUGUACCAUCCUUGGAAAUUCUAUCCGCAUCCGCAUCCACAUCCACUCCCUCAUUACGGAGGACUGCUAAAUGAUGUGAGUUAUUUUCACGUGCAAGGGUCAGCACCAACUUUCCCACACGCAACGCUUAAUAUGCAGAUGUUUGGAGGGUAAGCAGAAAAAAAAAGAAUCAUCCAAAAACUAUGAAGUCGCGUAUAUUUUGGUAACCAUGCAGCUCGAGCGUGUUCUGUAAUUAUGAAAAUUGCUUUGCUGCAUACGUCGCUUAAUAUUUUGGUAUAUAUGUAUGUGUGUACAUACAAAUACAUUUUAAUGCUUUUCAGCUUCUCGGCAAUGUUGUCUGUGCUUACAAUUGUCAUUUUAGAUCUGCAAAUGAUAGCAUCGGUGUUUAAAAGAUCUAAAGGUUUGAUUAAUCCCCAUUUUUCUGUGAUUCGUUUGAAAUUCAGUGUCACCGGGGUGAAUUUUAGACAUAAAAUUCAGUUGGAUGUGCUUGUUCAUAAGG